CGCCGCGAGCGCCUCUACCCACCGCGUCCCGAGCCGUUGCGUGGACUGCCGGCGCGAGGCCGCAACCGUUGCCGCCCGCCCGGAGCGUGGCUUUGGGGCUUAGGAAAGCGAAGCACCUGGAAUAAGAGAUUUGCUUCAGGACACCCCCAGCUUUACAAUGGCCUCUGCAGUUAUAAGCUCAGUUCCUUCACGAUUUGCUCUCUUACAAGUGGAUAGUGGCAGUGGAUCGGAUUCAGAAUCUGGAAAAGGAAGAGGAGAUCAGAGUGCUGGGAAAUCCCAAGUUUCAGGCAGCAAAUCAAUCUCUAAUGAAAAGAAAAAAGAAAAGAGAAGAAAAAAGAAGGAACAGCAGCAGAGUGAAGCAAAUGAGCUCAGAAACCUUGCUUUCAAAAAAAUUCCUCAGAAGUCUUCCCAUGGAGCCUGCUUAUCGCAACAUGAGCAAACAUCACACAGUUCAGUACAGAAAGAUUCUCAGGAAGAAAACUGGCAAGAGUGGAGACAAAGAGAUGAACAGCUGACUUCUGAAAUGUUUGAAGCGGAUCUAGAAAAGGCUUUACUUCUAAGCAAACUGGAAUAUGAAGAACACAGAAAGGAGUAUGAAAAUGCUGAAAAUGCUUCUCCUCCUUCAAAAGCUGCACACAAGAAAGAGAAGAGAAAAAAUCAGCAGGGAAAAGACAAACCUCUCACAGUGUCAUUAAAAGAUUUUCAGUUGGACAGUAACAUAGAUCCCGUUUCCAAAAAGCAGGAGGAAUUGGGAUCUUCGCAUCCUUCCUUGCAUGAUGGAGGAUUCUUCAAUAGACUGGAAGACGAUGUGCACAAAAUACUUAAUAAAGAGAAAAGAAGAGAACAGGUCACAGACUACAAUGGCAUGGAUAACAGUACAUCUCGUGACCCCACACAGGAUUUUGUCUUGAAGGAUGGAAGAAUAGAAAGACUAAAGCUGCAACUUGAGAAGAAAGAUGCAGAAAUUCAGCAACUAAAGAAUGUUAUCAGUCAGUGGGAGGCAAAGUAUAAAGAAGUAAAAGCACGAAAUGCCCAACUUUUGAAAAUGCUACAAGAAGGUGAAAUGAAAGAUAAAGCUGAAAUACUCCUUCAGGUUGAUGAAUCUCAGAGUAUUAAGAAUGAGCUGACUUUACAGGUGACUUCUCUUCAUGCUGCAUUGGAACAAGAAAGAUCUAAAGUGAAAACACUGCAAGCAGAAUUAACAAAAUAUCAGGGUGGAAGAAAAGGGAAAAGAAAUUCAGAGACUGACCAGUGCAGGUGAUUACGGUUGCACCAGCUUCAGAGAAGGGGGUGGGGGAAGGAAUCAAUCUUCAGGGGUUUUGCAAGUGUAUAUUUGUACCUACUGCUUAACUAUGCAGUUUUUGUGGGGUUGACAGCAAGAUGUUAAUUGACUAACAUUCUGAAUAUAUGUUGCACUUAUAGUA